AGGCGCCUUCUCCGUCAUGUCCAUAUUAGCUAUCAUUUUUCUAACUGUCAAUACAGCCAUCUCAGCCAUCCGAUCGUUAGAUGAUCCUUGGACAUUUGCAUUCGUCGUCUCGGUUUAUGUCCUACUCAUGCUUUUAUUUUUGUUCCUCCAUCUCUACGAUAAAGCACCUGAAAACUCAGAUAGGAGAGAAAAAUUGAAGAUUCCUAUUUGGGCCGUCGCCUCUGCACUCAAUAUUGUUUUCGCGUAUCGUGUUGCAACUAUAAUGAAUGUCGCGAUGAAAUGUAUCGUAUGGGGAAUGGCCGCCUUCAGCACUGUCUCCGGGUUUUACUUCUUUUUCAUCUUCCCCAAAAACUCCAACAAUUUUUAUGGCGCGUGCAAACCCUGCAUUCGUUGGGUGGAGAGAUAUUUCAAUGACUGCCUCUGCAAUCUAAGCGAUGAAAUCUCUUUUGGGUUUGGGCUCAUUAGCCUUCUGUGUUGGGCUGUGGCUGAAAUCCCUCAAAUCAUCACCAACUUCCACUCCAAAUCCAGCAAUGGCGUCUCACUCGCUUUCUUGAUGACUUGGGUUGUUGGUGACAUUUUCAAUCUAGUGGGUUGCCUGCUCGAACCAGUUACGGUAAGUUGAUCCCACGGCACACGUUAGCAAAACCCUAUGCCUUGUUGCUAACCUGCGCCUUGGAGUCUCUCGGAAAUGCGCGCAUUUUAGCUCGUGCCUCUCAUCUCCGCGUAAUUUCUUACCUUUUAUGUGCAUCUCCUUCGGGAGUGGAUUAGGUGUUACCCACCUUAGGGUUCGUUUGGAUGCUGUAAUUUUUUUUAGGUGAAGUGUUCUGUUUGGCUU